CAAAAAGUGAGCCGCAGCAUAGUUCGAGCUCGAGUAUAUAGAAGCAGCUAGCAGCAGCAGCAGCAGGCGAGGCCGCCACGAGGAGACGUGGAGGGAUACCGCCCCCCCGUGGGGCUCGGCUCGCUGCCUCUCCCUCGGCCCCCGACAGUCCCUAGUCGUCGUCCCCCUGCACUGAUAUCAGUCGCGACUCGGCGAGGGAGCACUACGUUGCGUGUGUGCCCCUCGUGUUUCAAACACAAACGUCUGGACAACUCAGAUCGCUACAUAUUAACACCGCUGCUGGUACUUCACGUGCCCUGAAGACUUUUCCCAUUCGCUCGCGAGUAUUCCGCGGACUAGUACUCCAAACUCGAUACUCAAUUUCCAAUUCGUUAUUUGCGUACCCUCGUCUAUUCACUUCAUCGCCGAAUCCGUCAAGAGGAGCAAGAAGUCGUUUAAAAUAUAAAUAUAAAGAAGAAAUCUCUCAACUACACUGACAUCAUAAGGGUCUAGGGUCUUUAGCGGAGGAGUGUGUGUAUGUGCGUGUGAAAAAUAAUCUAAAAGUUAAGAGUGACGACAUACAUUAGGAAUUUAAAUACAGAUUGCAAGGAAGGAAGGAAGAAAAAAUAAUAAAAUGGGAGAAAAGACGUUUAAUUUAACAUGGAACAAUCAUUUAGCCAACCUCUCGGGGCUCUUCGAAGGCCUCUACAAGAGUGGAUCCUUGACAGACACUACUCUAGCUUGUCAAGGUGGAAUGCUACGUGCUCAUAAGCUUGUUCUGGCAGCAUGUAGUCCUUACUUCGAGAGAGUAUUCAAGGAACACUAUGGCGAGCAACCUAUUCUCAUACUCAAAGGUGUCCCAGUUGAGGAAAUGGAAUGUCUCCUCGAUUUCAUGUAUCGCGGCUCCAUAAACGUCGCGGAGGACCAUCUUCCCUCGCUUAUUAAAACCGCAACAGACUUGGAGAUUCGUGGACUGUCCGGUGACAGAAGUGAAAGUAAUAGUACGAAUUCACGUGUCGAAACACGUUUGCAGCCUAGUCAUGACACUCGACAUCGCUCGUCUAUGGACUACAGAAAAUCUCAAGCCGAAUUUUUGUCAAAUCAGAACUGCGAUAACGCCGCGGGGGAAAUUAAAACCGAGGAUAUCGAAGUUGAAGACGAUCCUAUGGUGAUGGAAGGACUCGACGAUAGUUACGAGUCCAUGCCAGUGUCCAAGGGACAAAUUAGACAUGUACCGCCGCCAAUGUACAAACGUCACAAUACCCGUUACGAUGGACAGAAACGCGUACCAGUUGGUCGUACAAUUAGAGACAAUGAGUUGUCACGACGUCAGUUGGACGUGUCACCAAGACAUCCAACUAAUGAAGAAACUUUUGACAAUGGGUCUGAGAGUAAUAAACUAGAUCACAGUUUUAGUGGCAAUGGAGAUCCAACAGUACCGGCUAUUCAAAUGGAUGAUUCAACUGAUCAAUCACGAAAUUUAAUGGGCAGUGAAUCGUUGGGAGAGUCUCAAAGGAAUCUAAUUCAAGUAAAAAAUAAUUUAGAAGGUGAUAAAAAGUCAACUGGCAAUACCAAAGACCGUAAAACAAUUUUACAACGUAGUAAAGCGCAGUAUAAACCAUUCCCAUGUGAUCUCUGUACUUUGGCAUUUACCCGAGCAUCUCACCUGGCGAGGCAUCGACGAGUCCACACGGGCGAAAGGCCGUUUGCCUGCAGUAUUUGCCCGCGAAUGUUUGCCCGUCAAGACAAAUUGAAGCAGCACUUGGACUCACAUCUCCAGUGGCCACGACGAAAAGCUCUUCUGCCUGUACUGGGUGAUCCGCAGCAUCAGCAGCAGCAGAGCAUUAACAGUAUGGCCGGAAGAGGAAAACGCGGACGACCGAGAAAGGUUCCUAUUGAGCAGUCGGCAAUGGACGAAAUACUUAAAUUUGGUGAGUUCAGUUCUAUGCUCAAUAAAACCCAACUCACGAGCACCACAAUCACCAAAGCAGACCAACAAACUCGACAAGGAGACUUCAAGAUUGAUAAUCUUACGGAAGGAAUCGAUUCUACGGUUGGCAAAGCUGAUUGCUACGAAACACGUGCUGAUGAUAAAUAAUUACCAGCUAUUUAUUUAAUUUAAUUAAUUCCUUCCACUGUAAUGUAAUUAUAGUUAUUUAUAUUACUUUAUUACGUUCGUGAGCAUUUGUUUUUCGUUGAUCAUUAUUAAAUUAAAAAGAUAAAUUAUUAAAAUUUAUAAUAAUUAAUCAGUGAAUCAUCUGUUGAUGGUUUAUAUUAAUGUACCUGAAAAUAGUUACAGGAACCACGUAAAAAAAAAAAUAUUAAUCCGAAUUGAGAUAACAGACUUAACGGAAAAUUGACAAUGCAAAAAUGAUGAUUAUUUAAAAAAAAUUAAAUAUUUGAAGCGAAAAUGAAAUUAUAGAGAUCAAUUAGAUGAUUUAUUGCAAUGGAGAUCCAAAAAUGCUUUGGAAUAAAAAUAAUAGUUUCAAAUAUUUUGUAUAAAUAAAUACAUAUUAUUAUGUAUGUUAAGUACAAAUAUAAUAUGUAUAACAACUAGAAAAUCUAUUGUAGCCAGAAUGAGUUUCACUGAUGUACCUGAAGAUCGGAACGUUUUUCGCGCAACGGAAUGAAAAAAAUUUAUGAUUUGCCUGAUGAGUGUCAAUGCAGCAGACAUCAGACAAAUUAAAAAUAAUUAAUAAAUCGAGUAAAUAAUUAAUAAAAUGAAAAUUUUUAAAAAUGCGCAUUUAAAAAAUUUUGUAAUUAAUAAGUGUAUUUUUUAUGAAUAUUAUUUUUUUAAUUAUUUAUAAUUUUAAAUUCGUCUGAUGUUUACGUCAUUCACUCUCAUGAGUUCAUGAGUAUGAAUGUAGCAGACAUCAGACAAAUUUCCAAUUAUUAAUAAAUCAAGUAAAUAAUUAAUAAAGUAAAAUUUAAAAAGUGCGCAUUUAAAAAAUUUUGAAAUUAAUAAGUGUAUUUUUUAUAAAUUUUUAUUUUUUAAUUAUUUAUAAUUUUAAAUUCGUCAGAUGUUUACGUCGUUCACACUCAUGAGUUUAUGAGUGUGAAUGUAGCAGGCAUCAGUCAAAUUUAAAAUUAUUAAUAAAUCGUGUAAAUAAUUAAUAAAAUUAAAUUAAAAAAAAAAUACGCAUCUAAAAAAUUUUGUAAUUAGUAAGUGCAUUUUUUACAAAUUUCAUUAUAUUAAUUAUUUAUAACUUUAAAUUUGUCUGCUGUCUGCGAAAUUCACACUCACGAGUUUAUGAGUGUGAAUGUAGCAGGCAUCAGUCAAAUUUAAAAUUAUUAAUAAAUCGAGUAAAUAAUUAAUAAAAUAAAAUUUUAAAAAAAUGCGCAUUUAAAAAAUUUUAAAAUUAAUAAGUGCAUUCUUUAUAAAUAUUUUUUUUUUAAUUUUUUACUCUAUUUAUUUAUAAUUUUAAAUUUGUCUGAUCUCUGUUAUAUUCACACUCGUAUUUGAGUGCUUGAAGGUGACUUAAGGGAUAAUUAAGGGGGGGGGGUACAAUUUUAGGCUGACGUGCAAAAAAUUUCAGAAAUCUAGAUCUCAUAGAUUUUUUUCUUUUGUAUUUUCGUUCCGCGAAAAAUUUAGCGAUCUUCAGGUACGUGUUUCACUGAGCGUAAAUAAUAUAUUAAGAGAGUGUGAGAGUGAUUAUAUAUAACGAGUAAUUUUGUUUUUACAUUUACAUAUUAACAAAAGAUAAAAUUGUUGUAACUCAAUUAAUUCACGUACUUUUUUUGUUUACUAUCGUUUUGUUCUUUUAAAAUUCCGUACGAUAUUCAACUUACGGAUUCAAUUAUUUUGUUGUACGCGACGCAUUGCGAUUAUCUGUUGCUGUUAAAAUAUUUUUGUUAGUUUGUUGUUACGUUAUUUACACUUAUGUUUGGCGGUUAUUUUUUUCAGGCGACAAAACGUGCAAUUUAAACUACUAUUGAUAAUGGUUCUAUUACUUUAUGUUAACUAAUAAAUAGACUAUUAAUUUUUAUUAUAUUAUCAUAAAUAUAAUUACUAAUUAUUAAUGAUGAUUUAUGUGCAAUUAUAAAUCAUUGGCCUUUGCCAAAUAAAAAAAUUAAAAAUUAUUUCAUAUCGAUACUAUAAACUGUGUAGCAAUGUGGAAAUAAAUAUAAAUCCAU